GAUGGCACGCCGGAAGUGGUGGAGGCCGAAGAGGGGAGGGGGGGGCAGAGGAACGGUCUGAGAGGCGCUACCGUUGUGACGUCAGAUGCAGCGCGGGCCGCGCGUAGCGACCGGUCCCGGGGUUGCCUUGGUUACCGCCCGGCGCCGCAGUGCGUGGAUCGCGCCUCGUCCUCCCACCGGCGGGGCGGCUGGGUCGUGCAACCCCUCGCCGCGAACUCCGGUUGCACGCUGCAUGUGGGCAUUUGCUGAUCGUAGGCCGUGCAUUGCUGUUGCCAACCAGUUGCAGAUGGUUGAAGAAUAAUUGUUGGAAAGGCGGUGCCUGCCUUUGAAACAUAAAACGCUGGAAGCUCUCGGCAUGCGUGGGAAGAGCAUCAGUUAACGUUUCAGGUCAGAGCCGGGGCUUUGGAACUGUGGCCAAUGCUUAAUUGUUUCCCCGAUCCCGACGUCGGAGGCAGCAUGGAGCCGCCGUGCAAAAAGAGAAAAACUGAAGCAUUUGGCACUUUCACUUGGGAGCUGAUGCCUGUACUUUCAGACGAGAGGUCUGGUGAGGUUGAACUUCUAGAAGCAUAUGCAGCCCCCAUUAUUAAUAAAAAACAAACAUCUGCUCUUGUUAAACGCCUGGCUGAAGUCUAUCCCCUGAGUAACCUUCCACAUAUCAAGAGGGUACGGCCAUGCAAGGACAAGAAAAGCGAUCAUCCUUUAGAAAUCAUUAUAUGCCUACAUAGUGACUUGAAUAGUACAGAUGCACUAAAUGGAAAAGUGUCUCUAAGUGAUCUCUUCCCUGAAGGAAAUGUUGACGUCACUGGACUUGGAGAUCCUUUCCAGGUCAAGAUACCAGCAGAGCAACCAUUGACUAGGCUGCAGUUUGAAAUAGCAAGCCAGCACUGGCCUACAUCAUUCCAUGAAAACAAGCAAGUGACUGAAGCCCUCCGUGGCCAGCUGUUUAAUAUUGAAGAGAAAGCAAAGAUGCAGACUUUUAUGGAGAAAGCCAUUGAAGUGGCAAAAGUGGGAAAGGGACUGGGUAUGGAACCAGUGGGUGCUGUGAUGGUUAAUCCGGCAUCUGACAGAAUAAUUGCUGUAGGUCAUGACUGCAGAAAUGGACCAAAUCCUUUGCUUCAUGCAGUUAUGGUGUGUAUUGAUCAAGUUGCUUAUGGGCAAGGUGGUGGUGCUUUUAAUCAUGACAAAUAUCCUCAGUGUUAUUUUAGGUCUGCAGAACCUUUUCUUGGUGAUGAUGUAGUCAGCACUGCUAAACCUUUGCUUCUGUCAGAUGAUCAUAUUCUAAAAGGAACUGUGACAAAUAGGUUGCCUUACAUAUGCACUGGGUAUGAUUUAUAUGUUACCAGAGAACCUUGUGUAAUGUGUGCAAUGGCAUUGGUACAUUCCAGAAUACACAGAGUUUUUUAUGGAACCUCUUCACCUGAUGGUGCUUUGGGAACUAAGUAUAAAAUACAUACAAGAAAAGAUCUUAAUCACCAUUAUGUUGUCUUUAAAGGACUGAUGGAAAAGGAAUGUCAACUUCUUUCAUAAUAUUGAGUAAUGAUUUCAGAUUUACUUAAAUAACUGGAAGGAAUAUUUUUCUAGCAUUUUAUUUUGA